GAAUUACUCGACGAGACAGCUGCCAACACUGUUAUCGCUAGUCUGAAAUCACUUCCACCACCUAUUCAUCACCGUAUCACUCCUAAGCCUGCAAGCACAACUGGGGACACUACGACUCCUUUCUCCGCUUCUCCAGUCAAUCUUGUUUCUAAACCCCCUAAUCCUCAGCCUGCAGCGAUCACCUCGACAGCUGUGCAUGCCGUUUGCCUCGAGUACAACGAUGAAGAUGCGAAUAAUAAGAUCUUCUCGUUGUGGAAACCCUCAGAUGACGGGGCGGCCGUCAAUUCGUCAUCCACUCCACCAAGCUCAGAAUAUGUCGAACCCCAUAUAAUUUCUCCGCAAUCUAUACUAUUCAACAAUGUGGGCCUUGACGCGACGCUGAUGGGAGCCAUACCAUCCCCUAAAACGAUAGUGGAUGGUAUGAACGACGUAUCGGCUCAACUCCUGGCAAUGGGCUUGGGUGGACCGUUGGAGUCUCCGGGGGAUGCGGCUCUCCAAGGAUUAUUGCCCAAUCAUAAAGGAAUCUAUCCUCCAACUGACAGGUUGUCGGUAAUCACUUGUGAGUGGGGAUAUGAACUGGUGCUACCAGAGCCCACGAUUCAAUAUUUAUCACGCGCCGAAUCUAUUGCAAACGUCAUCAUCUACAUCCUCACAUGUCUCGCUUUCGCUGUUGGAGGUGUCCGAGAGAUUUUACCGUUCAUCAAGUACAUCGCGCAAUUUGUUGACUCGGAAUGGGAUUUCAUCAAGUCCAAGGAUCAGGGUAAGGGGGUCGUCUGCGCUGCAACAUGGGUGGUGCCUAUAGCAUUGGUUCCACGCCCUUGGGACUUUCCGGACCCC